AUGUGUGACGACCGCUCUUGCACUCACUGUAAUGAAGAUGCAGCUUCGGACCGCUUGAACACGACUACACAACCUUCCAACACAUCGAAAGUGGCCUCAAAAUACAAUCAACCAUGCUUCGCUUUGAACUACGAAUGGCAGAAUGAAGUCGCUACUCUAAAGUCUGUACAAGACGGCAGCAACUUGGGCCCACCUCCCGAUGGAGGUAUCAAAGCUUGGCUCGUCGCAGCUGGGGCAGCUUGUAUCUUCUUCUCAGCUCUCGGAUUUGCUAAUUCCUUUGGCGUCUUCGUGGAAUAUUAUCUCUCCCAUCAACUUAAAGGCCAGUCGCCAGAUAAAGUGGCCUGGAUCGGAUCCGUUGCUGUUUUCACACAGUUUGCGGCAGGCGCGGAUGGUGGCCCUCUUUUUGAUCGUUGUGGUGCUUGGGUAUGUAAACAACACUUCUUCUCAUCUUUCUUUUCUAUCGUUCCUAUGGUUGGACGCACAGCUAACAUGAACAAGGUGAUUCGCCCCUCCGCGGGACUUCUUGUGUUUGCCAUCAUGAUGACCAGCCUUUGUACCCAGUACUGGCAGUUCAUGUUGGCCCAGGGAAUUCUGCUCGGCGUCUCGAUGGGAUUCUUGCAGUUCCCAGCAAUGGCAGCGGUCACUCAAUACUUCGACAAGAAGGCCGGCACAGCACUGGGCCUGGUAAUUUCCGGCUCCUCCAUCGGUGGUGUUGUCAUACCAAUCGCGCUCUCCAAAAUGCUGAACAGCACCAACUUGGGCUUCGGAUGGUCCAUCCGCAUCAUUGGCUUCCUCCUCAUUCCACUGCUCUCUUUCUCCUGUAUUACUGUUCGGAGUCGCCUACCCCCUCGCAAAUCCGCCUUUUUUCUUCCCUCCGCCUUCAAAGACCGCACCUACUGCAUGGUAAUCGCGGCACUAUUUUUUAUGUUCAUCGGAAUGUUCGCUCCACUCUUUUACAUGCCCACCUACGCCGUGAAACGUGGCAUGGAUGCGACCCUGGCAUCUUACCUACUAGCCAUCGUCAACGGAGCAUCGACCUUUGAACGAGUCGUCCCAGGAGUCCUCGCAGACAAAUUCGGACGACUCAACGUCUUCAUGUUCGGAGGAAUGGCUUCGGGGGUCGUUGUCUGCUGCAUGAACCAAGCAAAAUCCACCUCGGCAUUGGUGGUUUACGCCGUCAUUGUCGGGUUUACCACCGGAACAAUCAUUUCCGGUGGAACGACAGCUUUCACGCUCUGCAUUAAAUGCCGACAGCAAAGUGGCACCCUCCUGGGAAUGGGGAUCGGUCUUAGUUCUAUUUCGGUUUUGAUCGGUCCUCCUGCCAAUGGAGCGUUUGUGCAACAAUAUGGGGGCUUUGCCCAAAUGUCGAUCUUCAGCGGCGUGAAGUGUCUGGUUGGUGGUUUAAUUGCCUUUGCUGUGAAGUCAACUACUCCCCAUAGCUUGUUUGGGAGAACUUAA